UGAAAAUGUCCAUCCAAAACACCAGCGUAUGAAAAGCCUUCUUAAUCCGUGUAUCUAUCAAAACCCAAUCUCAGGUGUUUUCAAGCUACCAUGAGAGCUGCUCAACCAAAACCAUUGAUUGCAUGGGCCACACUCCUCCUAGCUACUCUCGUCUCUCAUACUCAAACUGCUAGAAUUAAUGCCAAUGACCCUAUAUACAACUACAAUUCGCCGCCUCCGCCAACUUACAACAAUCCUCCACCGCCUCCGGCAACGUACAUUACUCCAUCACCUUCUCCUCCACCCUCUCCCAAUCCUCCGCCAUUGCGCGGCCCAUCUAUUCCUAUCAAUCAACCUCCUCAUCCUGCUCAUGGACCGAAUCCCUCACUGCCACCCAUCUACGCCACUCCGUCGCCAUUCCCUCCACCGCCUUCACAUACUAAUAAACCAUUUCCACCAAUUCCUCGAACCCCUUCGAAGGUUUCUCCGCCAAUGUAUAAACACCUACGAACACCGCCUCCGACAAUCUAUCAACGUCCGUUGAUGCCACCACCUUCUGUUUAUCAACCUCCAACAUCUCCCAAGAUCCAACCGCCAGUACGUAAACCUCAUCCACCACAUCAUAAGCGGAGGCCGCCAUGUCAUCAUCGUCCUCCAUCACUUUAUAAGCCUCCAGUGCAGAAAUCUCCUCCACCGGCAGUUUAUCGACCUUCUGCCUCACCACCUCCACCUCCAGUGCAUAAUACUCCCCUUACAACUCCACCAGUGCAAAAACCUCCGGUUGAUCAGCCACCUGUUUCACUACCUCACAAGCCUCCACCGCUGGUUUGUCAACCUCCCACCUCACCAUCUCCAGUGCAGAAACCUCCACCGCCAGUUUAUCAACCUCCCAUCUUGCCGCCUCCAGUGCAGAAACCUCCACCGCCAGUUUAUCAACCUCCCUCCUCGCCGCCUCCAGUGCAGAAACCUCCACCGCCAGUUUAUCAACCUCCCACCUCGCCACCUCCAGUGCAGAAACGUCCACCAGUUUAUCAACCUCCCACCUCGCCGUCUCCAGUGCAGAAACCUCCACUGCCAACUUACCAACCUCCUACGGAUAACCCACCUCCAACAUCUCCUCCGCCAAUGCAAAAACCACCAAUCAAUCAGCCUUCCAUUCCACCUCCUCUACUUUAUAAGCCUCCAGUUUAUCAGUCCCCCAACUCACCACCUCCACUGUAUAAAUCCCCUCCAAUGCCUCUUCAUACAAGCUUGCCAAAUUCCAAGCCAGUGAAGCCUUCACCUCCUUGGUGGCUUGUUCAUACAAGCCAACUAAAUUCUGAGCCAGUGCAAACCCCUUCAAUGCCUACAAGUUUGCCAAACUCCGAGCCAGUGAGACCCUUUUGGAUGCCUCUUCGUACAAGCCUUCCAAAUUCUGAGCCAGUGCGACCCCCUUCGAUGCCUCUUCAUACAAGCUUGCUGAAAUCCGAGCCGGUGAGGCCUCCUUGGUUGCCUGUUCAUACAAGCCUACCAAAUUCCGAGCCAGUGCGACCCCGUUCAAUGCCCACAAGUUUGCCAAAUUCUGAGCCGGUGAGCCUCCCUUCGAUGCCUCUCCAUACAAGCAUGCCAAACUCCGAGCUGGUGAGACCCCCUUUGAUGUCUUUUCAUACAAGCUUGCUGAACUCCGAGCCAGUAAGGCCUGCUUCAUUGCCUGUUCAUACAAGCCAACCAAAUUCUGAGCCAGUGCGACCCCCUUCAAUGCCUACAAGUUUCCCAAAUUCUGAACCGGUCAGGCCUCCUCUGUUGCCUUUUCUUGAAAGCCAGCCAAAUUCCAAGCCAGUGCGGCCCCCUUCAAUGCCAACUUUUCCAAAUUCCAAGCCGGUGAGGCCUUCUUCACUGCCUUUUCAUACAAGCCUACCAAACUCCGAGCCAUUGCGACCCCCUUCUUUGCCUCUUCAUACAAGCUUGCCAAACUCCGAGCCAGUGAAGCCACCUCAGCUGCAUGUUCAUACAAGCCUACUAAAUUUUGAGCCCAUGCGACCCCCUUCAAUGCCCACAAGUUUGCCAAAUUUUGAGCCGGUGAGACCUCCUUCAUUGCCGGUUCAUACAAGCCAACCAAAUUUUGAGCCAGUGCAACCCCCUCCAAUGCCUACAAGUUUCCCAAAUUCUGAGCCGGUCAGGCCUCAUCAGUUGCCUAUUCAUGAAAGCCAACCAAAUUCCAAGCCGGUGCGACCCCCUUCAAUGCCAAAUUCCAAGCCAGUGAGGCCUUCUUCACUGCCUUUUCAUACAAGCAUACCAAAUUCCAAGCCAUUGCGCCCCCUUUCUUUGCCUCUUCAUACAAGCUUGCCAAACUCUGAGCCAGUGAAGCCACCUCGAUUGCCUGUUCAUACAAGCCUACCAAAUUCGGAGCCAGUGCGACCUUCAACGCCAAGUAUGCCAAAUUCUGAGCCGGUAAGACCCACUUCAAUGCCUCUUCAUACAAGCCUGCCAAACUCCAAGUUGGUUAGGCUACCUUCGCUGCCUGUUCAUACAAGCCACCCAAAUUCUGAGCCAGCACGACCCCCUAAUUCCGAACCAGUGAGGCCUCAUUUGUUACCUGUUCAUGCAAGUCUACUAAGUUCUGAGCCAGUGCGAUCCCCUUUCAUGCCUCUUCCAAAUUCUGAGCCAGUGCGACCCCCUAAUUCUGAGCCAGUGAGGCCUCAUUUGUUGCCUGUUCAUGCAAGUCUACCAAGUUCCGAGCCAGUGCGACCCCCUUUCAUGCCUCUUCAUAGAAACUUGCCAAACUCUGAGCCUUCUUUGUUGCCUAUUUAUACCAGCCAAACAAACUCCGAGCCAGUGCAACUUCCUUCAAUGCCUCUCCAUGCAAGCCUGCCAAACUCAGAGCCAGUGAGACCUUGGAUGCCCACUCAUGCAAGCUUGCCCAACUCUGAGCCGAUUGGAUCCACUCAACUGCCUGCCCGUUCUACAAGAACGCCAUUGCAAUAUGCAGCUCCCCCACCACCUUGGCCAGUCUGA